AUGGCUGACAUAGAAAAGAGACCCAGGGCCAAGAUCUCUAUAGAAGAUGUGACAUCCUUCAGUGAGGAGGACACUGGGACCAGAGCCCCUGAGAUUCCUCCAAGCGGCCCAGAGAGUAAUCUGAGAAUAAAAUCACCCUUCACACCAUCUCCCCCACAAAAACAUCACAAGUUGCUUGCCCUGGAUAUGAAAGAGUUGUGUCAAGAGGCUUCCUCCCUGCCUGAAUCACAUUGCCCCUCAGGGCCUCCUGGCCCCCAGGGUCCACGAGGAAUUCCUGGUGUAAUGGGACCAAAAGGGGAGAAAGGGGAGAUUGGCAGGCCUGGAAGAAAGGGCAGACCAGGUUCCCCAGGCGUCCCUGGGAUGCCAGGACCAAUAGGAUGGCCUGGACCUGAAGGACUGAAGGGUGAAAAGGGAGAGUUGGGUGUGAUGGGAUUGCCAGGUACAAGAGGACCAAUGGGCUCCAAGGGUUUUCCUGGAACUAGAGGAGAAAAGGGAUCCAGAGGUGAAAGGGGUGACAAGGGAGUCAAAGGAGACCAGGGAGAAAUAGGUUUCCCUGGAAUGCUGGGACAAAAAGGAGAGAUGGGCCCAAAGGGACAAUCUGGAGUACCAGGACACAGAGGACCUAUAGGAAGACCUGGAAAACGAGGCAAACAAGGACUAAAGGGAGACAUUGGACCUGCGGGUAUCAUGGGACCACCUGGAAGGCCUGGUCCUUCUGGCCAGCCAGGCCCCCCUGGACCUUCAGGAUUAGCCCAAUUUGCAAUAGGACCAAAAGGGGAAAGAGGACUUCCAGGACCACCAGGGAGAUGUCUCUGCAGACCCCCACAGCAUGUGAAUAACCCACCAUAUGAGGAACCUGUGUUUGGAUAUAGUUAUCCAAAAGUCCCUGCGAUUUUUGUGGUGAAUAAUCAAGAAGAAUUGGACCGGUUAAACACCAAAAAUGCCUUAGCUUUUAGAAGAGAUCAGAGAUCUUUGUAUUUCAAGGACACCUUUGGAUGGCUCCCAGUCCAGCUCACCCCCUUCUAUCCCGUGGAUUACCGCUUCGAGGCUGGCGGUACUUGUGGAGACGGGAUCGUGCAGGAUGGGGAGGAGUGCGACGAUGGCAACGUGGUUGUGACUGACGACUGUAUAAGAUGCCGCCGCGCUUACUGUGGAGAUGGCUACCGACACGAGGGGGUUGAAGACUGUGAUGGGAUGGAUUUUGGUUAUUUGACAUGUAAAACCUAUCUCCCUGGGUCUUACGGAAAGCUGCGCUGCACUUCUUACUGCUACAUCGACUCCACACAGUGCCGAUACUUCACAUGA